AAGUGGAUGGAGUAUGAGUCGGAUCGCUGAUGAAUGCUAAACUUUGCCGUUUGCUGUAUAAUUAUUCUUCUGUUACGGGUGUUGUGCGUCUUUUCAAAAAGAAUGAGAGGCCUGGAGAAGAUGAUGAACUAGUGGAGUAAAAGUAAACUAGUAAAAGAAGAGGCAAGAUUUUUUCGCCUGCACUCAGUGUGGAAAGAGAUUGAUUUGGAAGCAAAGCAGCCGUAAAAUUCUCAUGAUGGUCCGCAUUGGAGAGAAACCAUUUACAUGUACCCAGUGUGGUAAGAGUUUCACACGAUCAUCAUCCCUUAAUAGACAUAUGAUGAUCCACACCGGAGAGAGACCAUUCACAUGUACCCAGUGUGGUAACAGUUUCAUACGAUUAUCAUCCCUUAAUGAACACAUGAUGAUCCACACUGGAGAGAGACCAUUCACAUGUACCCAGUGUGGUAACAGUUUCACACGAUUAUCAUCCCUUAAUGAACACAUGAUGAUCCACACUGGAGAGAGACCAUUGACAUGUACCCGGUGUAGUAAGAGUUUCAGACAAUCAUCAUCCCUCAAUAAUCAUAUGAUGAUCCAUACCAGAGAGAAACCAUUCACAUGUACCCAGUGUGAUAAGAGUUUCAAACGAUUAUUAUACCUUAAUGAACACAUGAAGAGCCACACUGGAGAGAGACCAUUCACAUGUACCCAGUGUGGUAAGAGUUUCACACGAUUAUCAUUCCUCAAUAGACAUAUGAUGAUCCACACUGCAGAGAGACUAUUCACAUGUACCCAGUGUGGUAAGAGUUUUACACAAUCAUCAUCUCUUAAUAAACACAUGUUGUUUCACACUGGAAAGAGAUCGUUCACAUGUACCCAGUGUGGUAAGAGUUUCAGACGAUUAUCAUUCCUCAAUAGACAUAUGUUAAUCCACACUGGAGAGAGACCAUUCACAUGUACUCAAUGUGGAAAGAGUUUUAAAAACUCCUCAUCACUAAAGCAACACAUGUUGAUCCACACUGGAGAGAAGCCACACAAAUGUGAUCAAUGCGGUAAAACAUUUGCAAGGGGUUCGAAUCUGAAAACCCAUCUAAGAGUUCAUACAAAGGAGAAACCGUAUUCAUGUUCUGUGUGUGGAAAGGGUUUUACAUGGCAGUCAAGUAUAAUAACCCAUCAGAAGAUCCACACUGGUGUGAGAGAGUAUUACUGCUUUGAGUGUGGGAAGACUUUUGUUACUGCUGAUCAGUUGGAACGGCACGAAAGGAAUCACACUGGAGAGAAACCCUACAAGUGUUCACACUGCGACAAGAGAUUCAAAGAUUCAGGACAGCUGAAAGUACAUGAGAUGAUUCACACUGGAGAGAAACCAUACACGUGUUCACACUGCGACAAGAGAUUCAUUCGAUUAGCAAGACUGAAAGUACAUAAGAGGAUUCACACUGGAGAGAAACCGUACAUGUGUUCACACUGCGAAAAGAGAUUCAGAGGUUCAGGACAGCUGAAAGUACAUGAGAUGAUUCACACUGGAGAGAAACCAUACAUGUGUUCACACUGCGAAAAGAGAUUCAUUCGAUUAGGAGAACUGAAAGCACAUGAGCUGACUCACACUGGAGAGAAACCCUAUAAGUGUUCACACUGCGACAAGACAUUCAAAGAUUCAGGACAGCUGAAAGUACAUGAGAGGAUUCACACUGGAGAGAAACCAUACAUGUGUUCACACUGCAACAAGAGAUUCAUUCGAUUAGGAGAACUGAAAGUACAUGAGAGGACUCACACAGCAAUUUGUUCAAAACUAUGUCCUUCAAAAUAGAGUAGGGUUUUAACCUCGGCAUCCUGGCCAAAUUUGCCCCUGUCCCCUGUCAAUCAUGGCCUCCUAACCAUCCCUAGGGCUCAACAUUAAGGGCCUACUCAUUCUAUGCCAUCCGUACCGUGUCCAGGCCUGUUUCCCGGAUCGUUUGAGAAGUGUGAGUGCGCUGAAUCGGGCUCAGGCAUGGUUCACUGGGCCGGCCCUG